GUCCCAUCUGAGUUUUAAACUGCUGGAAGAGAGAGAGGGAGAGGAUGAGCAGAAAACAGUGAGGGCUGAGUGGAUGUGUAAAAGCAGAGAGUGUGUGUGGAGUGUCCAAGUGCGUAAUCUUCCCCAGCCAUCAUUUCCCGCCGAACACUCGCGGUAUAUGCGCGUGAGGGAAUGCGCGUGAGGAUAUUAUCGGCGCGCGCGGGUCUAAUUGGUGCGAUUCGUAUCUCGCUCACGUCUAAAACGUCGAGGAAAUAGUGAAAAUAUUGCAAAAAGAACUGUUUGUCGUUAUCCCCGCAAACAAGAAGGGGAGUCUCUUGUUUUUUUGGAUAUAGGGCGGUUGAAAAAAGCCGUCAGGAAGAACGGACCCUUGGCUAUUUAAAGUUUAGUGAGGACGGUUACUGGCUCUGAGGUGAUUGUUAUGAGACUCACAAAAGAAAAAAGGAUGAAGAAGGAUAAAUUGUGGAAUUUAUGAGUUUACACUGUUUGGGACACACGCAGAGGUUGAAUUUAUGCUCAUUUUGGUGCCACUGAAAACAUUUCCUUUGAAGUUUACCUCAGAAAUUUCCGCUUCGGUAACGUCUCGCACUAGAGAGAUGUGGCACGCGACUUAAGAAAAGAUUGACGUGCCGCGAGACACCUUUCAGUCGCUGUGUUUAGUCAGCCAGUUUAGUUCGGGUGGAGGUGGGGGGGAUUCCGUUUUUUCCCCGAACUCAUCACAUUAAGAUUAACAAGCCGUCUUUAAGAGGAUCCUCUAUGGUCAUUCAUGAACUUGUUGAACACCCAGCCCUCCUCGGGACACUUCACAUCGAGAGUGAAUCUCAUUAACAGUGCAGAUGCCAAGCUGCAAUAGAGGAUGAUUGACAGAAGGCAAAGCUGAGACGGCUGCCAGUCAACAUCCAGCCAGAGAGUCGAUUCUUCAGAGUGUCAGAAGCCUUGCUCUCUCUCCAGCCCGACCGAUCACUUCGUCUUCUCUGCCACAACUUCUCUUAUCUCUACUGGGACCCCGACCCUGCCCCUUCUCAGCGGACACAAUAAAGAGCAGAGGUGGAGAUAGAAGCAUCGGGCUUGACGACCUUUCAGUGAUCAAAGCAAAGCUGGUAUGCUGCUGCACCUCAUCUGUCCCACGUUCAGCAAAAGUUGGAUUAUUUUGUAAACCAGACCCAGAUCUUCCUCUCCAUUCCCUCUUUCUCUAUCUCUCCUUCUCUCGUGCAUCUUUGAGAGGAAGGGAGCAGACGGAUACUUUACAUCACAGUGAAUAGUCUAUUAGAGGGGCGGCCCGAAUAAAGGAAGCAGCCAUGCGUUUCCCGCUGCUCUUGACACUGCAGGCAUCAUGGCUGACUGUUUGUCAGGCCACGCAGCACUAUCCCACAACCUGGGGGCACUACGACUUGUGCAAGUCACAUGGCUACACGGACGAAGGCCCGACCUGGUAUUACAUGGCCUGUCAGCCCGAAGCCGCGGACAUGACCAAGUACCUAAAAGUGUUUCUUGACCCACCCAACAUCACCUGUGGAGACCCACCAGAGACCUACUGCACCCUGGAAAACCCCUAUAUGUGCAACAACGAGUGUGACGCAGCCACAGACGAGCUGGCCCACCCCCCUGAGCUCAUGUUUGACUUUGAGGGCCGCAACCCCACCACUUUCUGGCAGUCCACCUCCUGGAAGAAGUACCCUAAACCUCUGGCAGUCAACAUAACCCUGUCAUGGAACAAGACCAUUGAGCUGACCGACGACAUUGUCAUCACUUUUGAGUCGGGUCGGCCGGAGCAGAUGGUUCUGGAGAAGUCUCUGGACUAUGGACGUAGUUGGCAGCCUUACCAGUUCUAUGCUACCGACUGCCUUGAUGCUUUCACUAUGGAGCCCAAAACGGUGAGGGACAUUACCCAGCACACGUUGCUGGACAUUAUCUGCACCGAGGAAUAUUCCAGAGGUUACGUGUGGAAGAACGACAAGACUGUACGCUUCGAAAUCAAAGACCGCUUCGCACUGUUCGCUGGCCCCAAGCUGCACAAUAUGGCCUCGCUGUAUGGACAACUGGACACCACCAAGAACCUGAGAGACUUUUUCACCAUUACUGACCUGCGCAUACGUCUGCUCAGGCCUGCCACAGGCGCCACUAUGGUGGAUGAGAACAACCUUUCCAGAUACUUCUACGCCAUCUCUGACAUUAAAGUACAUGGCAGGUGCAAGUGCAACCUUCACGCCAACAGCUGCAUCUAUGACAAAGAGAGACUGACUUGCGAGUGUGAGCACAACACCACGGGGCCUGACUGUGGCCGCUGUAAGAGGAAUUAUCAGGCCAGAGCUUGGAGCGCAGGAUCCUAUCUCCCCAUCCCCAAGGGCACAGCAAAUAUCUGUCUGCCAAAUAGUGUUGGUCCAGUUAACUGCGAAUGUUUCAGUCACUCCAAUCGCUGCAGUUACAUCGAGGUGCUAAACACCGUCAUUUGCGUGAGCUGUAAGCACAACACUAGAGGGCAGCACUGCCAGCUGUGCAAGCUUGGAUACUACCGCAAUGCCUCAGCAGAGCUGGACGAUGAGAAUGUUUGCAUAGACUGUAAUUGUAAUCCCUUUGGCUCAGACACUGAUCGCUGUAAUGGCACAGGAUAUUGUGAAUGUAAGGAGGGAGCGACAGGGGCUAAGUGCCAUGAGUGUCUGCCAGGAUAUUUGUGGGACAAUGGCUGCAAAUCCCGGGUGUGCGACAACGAACUUCUGCGUUGCCAAAACGGCGGCGUGUGUGUGAACAACAUCCGUUGUCAGUGUCCUCCGGCGUACACCGGCCUGCUGUGUGAGAAACCGCGGUGCGAGAACGAGCCGGGAGGCUGCGGAGGGUCGGACUCGGGCCAGGCUUCCCUCCGGCCCCCUGGGCUGAUCCUGCUUUCGCUGCUGUCCAUCCUGGGCCUCGUUUUCCUCGUGGAGAUCUGCUGGAUCCUUUGAGAGGAAGAUCUCCGAAUGUCCAGCUUCUUCUGUAUGAGCAGCGCACCAGACCCACCGACACUCGGCCGGCCAUGUGGAAUGUGCCCAAAUAUCAAAGUGAAAUUUCUGAGGAUGACAGACAAAAUACAAUAAAUAAUACAUCAAUAAAAAUAGUAUUUAUAAAAAUUGAUUCAAUAUAAAAAUCUAAAAGUAAAAAAAAAAAAAAACAUCAAGGUGUUAUUUAUAGAAUUUACCUGAGCAUAUGCUUCAUGAAGCAAAUAAGAGGAAGUAGAGACGUGAACUAAGCCAUAAUAGAUACUCACUCCCCUAACAGAACGAGAGAGCGACAGGGAUUGGAGCGGACAAGACUCAUCCCUUUCCUCCCUUUAUCACCAAGGCAACGGGAGCUGCGUUCAGCCAGCGGCAUGUACAAGUAAAGCCAGCUGCCGCCCCUUACCUGAGCCAUUCUGGGUAUCAUGUUGGCUGUAGACUGCUUUUGGCUAUUGUGACACGGAGCGAUGGAAAACUGUCUGGAUUGUGUGAACUGGCAAUUACGAAGAAAAAAAAAAGAUACGGAGAAAGACUCAAGAAAAGAAAAGAAACAAGCAUUCUUUGCUGUCAGUGCAUUGUGGAUAUAAGGAAAUCUAUUCAGACUGUCACAUUUGAUCCGCUUUCAAAUUGAGCUCGUCCCGCCAACACUUCCCACCCCACCUUGAAAAAUAAACUUUAGAGUGUCCUUUGUGUCAAAAGCCCGUCCUUCCUCCACCCUGUGCUUUUGUGAAUGUUAUUCUGUAACCCUUGAUAUUUUUUUUUAGUAUAUAUAAUUUUUUGGUUUUCCUUUCAGUCUGUGUGAUGUUAGUCACACUCAUGUGGCACACCCCCUUAUCCUCCAAAAAAUAUGACUGAAAAACCCAUGACUUUGAAAUGUGACGGACUGUUUGCUGAGGCCACGGUCAAAGAUGUAUGUUUUCACCCAAACAGAUGAAGUGCUUAGACAGUCAUCAGUGUAUUUAAUUUUUGUAUUAAAACAGAAGUUAUUUUCUUGACAGAGUAAAGAUAAUGUAGAACAUAUACUUUUUUGUAUUAUUGCUGAAAUGUGUUUAAGGGCAACAUUUUAGUGCGUUCAAUCAAGGUGCAUACUGAAUUAAAUAUCUGAUUAUGUUGGUCUGAAAUUUAUUUUAUUUCAUUUAUACUUUUUUUUUUCUCCUUCAGUUGGAUUGUGAAGUUUUCCUAAAGUAUAUUGGCAACGUGCUGGCAUCAAAGAAUAUCAGUUUACAUACAGUAUAUAUACUGACAUGUAAAAAAGAAAAUCACACCAAAGGACAUUCUAAAUGUUUUCUUGUUGCUUUAACACUGAGAAAUUUAAGUGAAUAAAACUUUAAAAGGACUUUAUGUAGCUGUGUUGUACUGUUUUAUGUGUCUUUUAUUGCAGAAUGAAGAAUUUAAAUUGUCCCUGCGAUGAAAGCGUGAUAAAUAAUCGCAUAUGUCUUUAUAGAACACAUGCAUAUAAAUUGCAUA